AACAACACGUCUUGGAUCCCGCUAACCCCCACAUAAGCAUUGGUGGUAAAGAGAAAAAGGUGCGCGAGCAUCGUUCGGUAGACUCAGCCAGCCAUUUCUCUCGUUAAGCGUAGCAACGCGCAAGAGAAAGAGGCUCGUCGGUUAAAAGGUGUAAUUGUUUUUUAUUUAAACGUAUUAAGGUGCGGGUUAACCCGGAAAUUUUGCAAAAUAACGCGACGCAAAAGGAUGAUACACUCCGGGCGAACGAGGCUCGAGAAAAAAGUAAGUCGAGUGGGAGUAGGAGGAGGGGGUCAGAUUGUCCAAGGACUUCAAUCGGUCACCGAUACUGGAACCGGAAGUCAAUGGUGGAGACAACAGCACCCAUCCUAUCAUUAUAACCAUUAUCAUCAUCAGGGUGGUUAUUACACAUCGCAAUCGCAUAAUCACAACAACCCUGUCACUACCAUGAAGCAAUCCUAUAUGCAGUUUAAAUAUCAUUUAUUUCAGUUAACGUGGGUUUUACACGACGACGAGGCGCAGAUUAACAAAAAACUGCCAAAGGAAUUGUUAUUAAGAAUCCUCUCGUAUCUCGACGUUAUAUCUUUAUGCCGAUGUGCCCAAGUAAGUAAAGCAUGGAACAUAUUGGCCCUCGAUGGUUCCAAUUGGCAAAGGAUCGACCUUUUUGAUUUUCAACGAGACGUGGGGGAAUCAGUAAUAAAAAACAUUUCGAAUCGUUGCGGCGGAUUUCUUCGACAAUUGUCAUUGAGAGGAUGUCAAAGUAUCGGAGACGAAUCUAUGCGUUUAUUAGCCAGUUCUUGUCCCAACAUCGAGGAACUUAAUCUGAGUCAGUGUAAGAAAAUCUCGGAUUCAACUUGUGAGGCCCUCAGCAAACGUUGUCGAAAGCUGCAACGAUUAAAUUUGGAUUCAUGUCCGGAAAUAACAGAUCUUUCGUUGAAAGAUCUAUCGGAUGGUUGUACUCAUUUAACACACAUCAAUCUGUCAUGGUGCGAAUUACUUACCGACAAUGGAAUCGAAGCAUUGUCAAGGGGAUGUACAUCAUUACGUAACUUUCUAAGUAGGGGUUGUCGUCAAUUGACAGACAAAGGUGUCAAAUGUUUGGCCGAAUAUUGUCGACAUCUUGAAGCGAUUAAUCUACACGAAUGCAGGAACAUAACAGACGACGCUGUAAGAGAGUUAAGCGAAAAGUGUCCAAAAUUACAUUACGUUUGUAUAUCGAAUUGUCCUAAUUUAACGGAUGCAUCUCUCAUAACUUUGGCUCAACACUGUCCACUUCUUAGUAUUCUCGAAUGCGUUUCUUGCACGCACUUUACCGACGCAGGUUUUCAAGCUCUCGCGAGAAAUUGCAGAUUACUCGAAAAGAUGGACCUCGAAGAGUGCCUUUUAAUAACAGAUGCCACCCUUAUACACCUGGCUAUGGGUUGUCCAAGAUUAGAGAAGCUGAGCCUGUCCCAUUGCGAGCUGAUCACUGACGAAGGGAUUCGGCAGCUUGCUCUUUCACCGUGUGCUGCGGAACACUUAGCGGUAUUAGAACUGGAUAACUGUCCUCUGAUAACGGACGCCAGUCUCGAUCAUCUUUUACAGGCCUGCCACAAUCUAGAACGAAUUGAACUUUACGACUGCCAACUGAUCACUAGAGUUGGCAUACGUAGAUUAAGAACACAUUUGCCGAAUAUAAAAGUCCACGCAUACUUUGCACCGGUCACGCCACCUCCUAGUGCGGGAGCAUCCCGACAACGAUAUUGUCGAUGCUGCGUCAUUCUGUGAUUUAUCAUACAAAUGAUACUGAAGUAAAUCGUCCUUUUGAUCUUACUACUCAAGACGUCUUUUCAAAAGACGUUUUUGACUUUUCUCGGUGGUCGUUGUUAACGUUUAACAACAGCGAUUAUGGGACCCUAUAUUGUGGUUACCGGAGAACACUGGAACCCUGGUUGCCUAUCUUCGAUGCUGAGUGUGAAACUCGCUGUCUAUUUAUAAAUGACUAUUUCAAACGUUUUCAAUUAAUUCGAGCUCCACACACACGCAACGAGAGAGAACAAGAAAGAAAGAAAGAAAGAAAGAAAGAAGGAAGGAAGGAAGGAAGGAAGGAAGGAAGGAAGGAAAGAAAGGUAGAAAGAAAGAGAGAGAGAGAGAGAGAGAGAGAGAGAGAGAGAGAGAGAGAGAGAGAGUACGGUACGUCACCAUUACCAUCGUCGUCACCAUAAAGAGUCACUGCUGCAAACUGCAAUUUAAUUACUAAAAUCUAUUAAACCGCGUCAUGCUGCUGUUACUCCUAAUCCUUCUUAUUGUUAGAUUAUUUCGCGUUAUAUUAUUGUUUUAAUUAAUAAUGACAUAUAUAUAUAAAUAAAUAUAAAUAUAUAUGUCAUAUAAUUUUUUCUUAUCGCAUUGUCACAUUGCAAGGACAGUCCGAAAAGGAAAGAAAUCUUUGGGUUUCGUUGAUAACACGAAUCGUAGAUAUAAACGCUAUUAUAUCCUUUAAAAAAAGAAAAAACAUUUCGUUCGUAAAAUUUGUCCAAUCUUUCACGUCUUAUAUAUAUAUAUAUAUAUAGGAACGAUUUAUUUUUUUUUUAUUAUAUUUUAAUUUUUAAUUUUUAAUUUGCGUUUUUUAUCAGUUUUUAAACUUCGAACCCUUACCAACGUUUUUUUUAAACUGAGAACAAACGGUUAAACCAAACUUGUAGAGUCGUUUAAAAAAAAAAAAAAAAAGAAAAAAAAAAGAAAAAACAAUUAACGUAUUUACUUUUUAAUCUUAAUAAUCUUGUUAGCCCAUCCGAUUUAUGGGAACGUACGUCCUGUAGCAGUUUCUUGACGAACACUGCCUGUAAUGCUAUUAAUAUUUAAACAAACAAAAAAAUAAUUAAAAAAGAAAAGAAGAAGAUGAUGAUAAAAAGCAAACAAAAAAGAAGACAAAAGUUAUGUGAUAGGAAGAGACACUCUUACUCGACUUAUAUUAUUAUUAAUAAAGUGUGUUGUAGUAGAAUUUUGUUCUCUUAACGUAGAAUGAGAAAAACGAAGAAGAAGAAGAAGAAGAAGAAAAAAAAUACCAAGAGAGAACAAAAUAUGACCGUCGUGUCUUUGAUGGAAUACGUUUUUCAAUCGGUCCAUCCAUGAAACUUUGACGGUACCUACGGGUUUCUUUCCUUUUUAGGAGAACGCAUGUCGCUGACUCGACUCGACUCUGCGCACAACUUCUUUAAACAAAAAGAAAAAGGAAACAAACAAACAAAAAAUAGAAAAAAAAAAGUAAUAAAAAAGAA